UUUUUUUUUCUUUACUUUUUUAGAUUCCUUUCUUUCCAUGGAAACCAUUAGUAAUAACAAGAAUAACAAUCAGUCCUUCUCUAAAUACAUCUCUACAAAGAUAUAUCAAUAUGAACUUCAAACCGCUAUAUACAUGUUAGAACCUUGGGAAAAAGCCUUAUUCAAUACUAUUAUGAUUAGCAUUGUAUCAUUAUCCGUUGUGACCAUGUAUCAAUAUACGCCUGUUGUUUUCAACAAGUUGUUGACCUAAUCUUCACUAGUCGAAUAUCAUCUUUUAUAUAUAUAUAUUUACAGAUUCCCCCUUACAUCUUCUUCCUUUAUCCUUGGUCUUAUUUAAUAGUCAUGUCUCUUCCUCUACUUCUUAGUUAAUUUCCAUAUAUACAUAUAUUUUUACUAAUGCAUAUAGUUUUUUUUUUUUUCGUCAAUCUAUCUAAUAAAUUGAUACUUCUUUAUCCUAUCA